UAUCGGUAACGUUUGGCGCCCCUGAGAACGCGCUCGGAGGCCAUUUUGCGGGAAGGUCACGUGACCGAUAGCUAGCUGCGUUGUGUUUCUCGGCUUUUCAGAAGACUUGUAAAUACUAAUACUGUACAUACUGUAAAAAUGAGUUCGAGCAAUCGAACCACCUCAAAAGGUGGUAAAGGGCCUAAGGCUGAUAAAUCACACAAGAAUGAAAAAGGUGACACAGGGAAAGGUACUAAUGAAAAACAGCAAGGCGGAGGUGGUGGCGAUAGCGCUCGCUCAAAAUCUGAAGACCCCACGAUGCGCGACAAGGUAAAACAGGUAAUGGAGUUUACACAAAAAACGGAAGAAGACGUGUGCAUGGCGUUGCAUGAAUGCGACAAUGAUAUGCACGCGGCAAUGAAUAUGCUACUGGACGACGAAUGGGGUGGCAUAAUGGUCAAAAAGAAGAAGAGCAAACAACCGGCUAGCAGUAAGACAGAGAACGCGGAUGCGGCUGGUGAAGAUUGGAACGAUCAGGGUCACAAUGACAAGGAGAAGCCUCGCAAUAAAAGUGGUGGACCUCCGCGUCAUCAUAGGCAUAACGACAGCCGUCUUUGGCGAGGUAGAGAAAAGGCGGAAAACGAACGUAAUCUCGAAGGUGGUAAUAGGACUGAUAAUAGAGGCGAUCGACGAGGAAGAUCUGGUGGUCCAACAAGGGGAGGGCCGGGUAGAGGACGUGGUGGAAGUCGUGUGGGAAGCAGAUAUCCACCUCGGACCAAUCGGAACUUUAAUAAUCGUCCAAUAGAUACUUGGGAUAAUAACCCAAGCACUUGGGAUAACAAUACCGUUGCAAAUCAUACAGAAAAUUGGGAUGAAGGACAUAUUGACGAAUGGUCAACUGAAGAAUACACCGGAAGUCUCGCGGACACCAAAGUCUUUACACCAAGUAUUCAGCCUGACCCACCUAAAGAGUCACCGGAAGAUUCACGAUCUCCUCCACUUUUAGACGAACGAACCCAAAUGACGAUGCAGCAACAGGGUCAAUUACCGCCAUCUCAAAGUCCUAUUCCUAUGGUUGGUACAUUGAACGCCGCCCAGACCCAGUACUUGAACCAAUUGACGCAGCAAAAUGCUGACAUGAAAAGUACUCACCUCCAAAACCAAACAUACGGGGGCGCUACCGCUCAGGGAACUCAACAGUACUCGGCGAAUCAAUACGGUAACGCUCAUUCGAACGCUUACGCAAGCACGUAUAAUCCCGUUAGUACAAAUUAUGGGACGGUGCCUGAAAACCAACCAACGCAACAACCGAUUAGGACCAAAACUCAACGAGCUCGAGUACCACCACCAUCAAAAAUACCUUCGAGUGCUGUAGAAAUGCCGGGAGAUCUGAAAAGUAUAGGGCUGCUGGAUGUUCAGUUUGGUGCUAUGGAUUUAAUUUCGGAUGGGAUAUCAUUUGAUGCCGUUUCCGAUGCGAAGUUUAAUUCGUCGAAUAGUGCUUCGAUGGACGUGACAAAUUCGUCCAGCUCAAACAUUGAUCUCAGCACGACUAACCAAACGCAAACAAUGGAAUCAUACGCGACCCAACAGAAGACAAACGCUCAAAGCAGUAUUAGUUCGUCCCUUACGCAGAGUCUUACUAGUAACGAUAACAUUCCACAAACCUCUGAACAUAUAACAACAAGUUACAGUACGGCGACAAGAUCUAAUAUGACUGGAAGUACGACUUCGGCGGGUACGGCAUCGUCAAUGGAGAUUAAUAAACCAUCGGAAUCCCAUUCUUACUCUCAGUCGUCCACGUAUAAUUCCUAUCAACCCAAAUCGAGUUCUUAUCAAUCACAAAAUUAUAAUGCACCCAGUUAUAGUAGCACACAGACGACAAGUUCAUACGGGUCGAGCCAACCAAAUAAUUACGUCAGUAGCAAUACUGGUUCAUCAUAUAACGCGCCGGCCAGUAACGCUUAUCAAAACAAUACGUCGGCCAGUUCGUAUCAAUCGAAUUAUAGCGUGGCGACGUUUCCACCAUCAAUAACGCAAGCCAGCUCGUAUCCAACAAAUAAUCAGACAUACUCUCAAAAUGCUAAUCAAUCGGUUUACGGUUCAAACAGUGGUUUAACAAACAGUUCAAAUUAUGGAAAUGCUACGACGUCACCUCAAUACAACAGCUACAGUUCGAAUAGCAAUCAUAAAUUGGUUAAAGACAAUACAUAUGACAGUGCAACAACUGUCGCUACUAGUACCACGUCUACGACAAGUGUUAGUACAUCUACGACGACGUUGUCUUUAACGCAAACUACGGCGACAACAACAAAAACAACAACAUUAGCAAAGAACUCUAGUGGUGUUGUGUCGAGUAUUCCACCUGGAGUAGCACCACCUGUUAUGAGCACACCUUACUUAAUGAGUCAAGGAAUUCCAUACUUCCAGCCGCCAAUUUACACCUAUGAAGAUAUGCAGUUGCUUCCACACAGGUUACCACACAUGACGACCCCCUUCUAUGAAAUGAGUUACCAGACGCCGACGACGAUGACUGCUGUACGGGACCAGCCACUCUCGACGUACACUAUGUCGGACGCUCGAUUCACCCGCGGUGAUAACAACGCCAGUCCAGUGCCGUCGACGCUCUCCCAGCAAACAAGCACGCUGACCCAAGGACACCAAGGCGGACAACCAAUACUAGCCCAAACACCGCAGACUUAUUUCUUUGCCGCACCUUAUAGUCCGAUGCAAAGUUAUCAAUUUGGAGCUGUUUAUGGGCAAAUUCCAACUGCGACAAAUGCGCAUGGUUCAAGUAAUAACACGCAAUACGCUAAACCAUACGGUAGCGGUUAUGGUUCCGCGUAUGAUACUUUAAGUCAAUCGCAAGAUUACACAAAAGGCGGUUACGUUGGUAAUACACAGGGUCAGACGAAAGGGAGUGGUGCUAACGCGUCAUCUACAGGAACCACAGGGAAUGAUCUCUCGGCUAUGUAUAAUAAAUCACAUACAGCUAUUGGUAAAGUAAACUCAUAUGAUAAGCAAGGAUUUCAUUCUGGAACUCCACCCCCGUUUUCCGGAACGUUACAUGGUAGUCAGAAUGCGGGAUUAGCGCCAAGCGGUUCGGGGUACGCCCCUCAAAUGUAUAUUCCUACGAUGCCUCCGCAUCAGCAACACCAUUCGACUCAAUUGAUGCAUCAACAAUUACAUCAGAUGGAUGUGCGGCAGCAAGGCCGACGCAUGGAUUCUGGAAAUACAAGUGGUCAACGUUCUCAAGCAUCAAACCAAGCAAAGUCGGGUGGAAAUAAGUAUGGAAAUACCGCUUAUUGGACCCAACCUUAAGUUGCAGUCUGAUGAAAAAGGAAAGGGGUCAAAUAAUGAGAAGUGAAACUAAAAACUGAUGGCCGAUCACUUCGGAAAUUAAAUUUAAAUUUAUCAAAAAAAGAUGGAAUUCGUUCAAACUUCUGCCUUGAAUUACUUUUGUUUAUUAUUUUUAUUAAUAAUUACUUAGAUAAUAUAUAUUUUAUAGUAUUUGCAUUGCAUUGCUAAAUUAUUUUUUUUUCAAAUCAUAAAUUAUGUAUUGUCUAUUUUUAUAGGAUAAAUCGAUGGUAUGUUCAACAAAAAAAUAAUUAUUAAAUAUAUUAUUAUUAAUUUUAUUUGAUGGUUAUGACGCGGCGUUGAUUUUAUACAAAAUGUGGGGUAAUCGACGUCAUAAUGCAUAUUUUUUACAGGUUUUUUUGAGAUUUCAUGUGUUGCUCUUUUGUAUAAAAUCGCGUUUAACAUCAAAUAACCCUCAGUUCCCUUUGUCCAAGUUAAUUUGUUUAAACUGAUUCUUACUAGUGAAUUUUUUUCAGUGUAUUUAUAUUUAGUGUUAGGUACUUUUGUAAAUUCAUUAAAAAGAAUUUUUACUUUUUUCCCAUUACGUUGAGGGAUAAUUUUUGUAUUUAUUAAUUUUUAUGUAAUACGCAUGUGUUUAAUCUGUGCAAUGAGGCGGUGCAAUUAAAUUGCAUUAAAAAUAUAGAAAAACCUGUAAAAACCUUCAAUAUUGUCUUAGGCCAGUUUUUUAACAUGUAAUUUAAAAAAGAUCAA